AUGGAGGCAGAAGACGCUCAGAAAGCCUUGCGGCUUGCUUUCAAGCACGAUGCAAACGGCGACACGGCCGCUGCAAUCAAGUGGACCAAGAAGAGCAUCGCCAUCUACAAGACGCCUUCCGCUGAAGCGCUUCUCGUCAGGCUAGAGAAGAGCGGUGCUUCCGGCAGCGGAGCUUCGGCCUCUGCAUCGGCCUCGACAUCAUCCGCUGCUGCUGGUGCUUCCUCCUCAAGCGAAGGGCUUCGAUCUCGCGCAAGUGCUCAGCCAAACGGACGUUCGACCUCAGAUGCCACACACUCGGCACCAAAGAGACCAUACACGCAAGCGCAACUGGAAGUGGUGACCAGGGUCAAAAAGGCAGGAGGUGAUUUCUACAAGGUGCUCGGCGUCGAAAAGACGGUCGACGAGAACGGCAUCAAGAAAUCAUACAAGAAGCUCGCGCUGCAGCUGCAUCCCGACAAGAACGGUGCUCCCGGUGCCGACGAGGCGUUCAAAGUCGUCUCGAAAGCUUUCAGCAUCCUCACCGACGCAGACAAGCGAGCCGCAUACGACCGAUACGGAGGCGAUCCGGAUAACGCGAGAUCAGCAGCAGGCGCCGCUGCAGCAGGCCACGGCAAUCCAUUCGGAGGCAUGAGGGGGACGCCGUUCCGGGGCGGUGGAAUGUACGCAGACGAGAUCGACCCCAACGAUCUGUUCAACAUGUUCUUCGGAGGUGGCAUGGGAGGAACGCAAUUCGGCGGCACCACUUUCACGUUCGGUGGUCCAGGUAUGCGAACGCAUCAGUUCCGACAACAGCGCCCAGGUCCGCGUCGAGCGCAAGCAGAUCCGCAGAACGCCAACAUCCUGUUGCAGUUGCUGCCGCUGCUCGUGCUGGGACUGUUCAGCUUGCUCGCCUAUGCGCCGUCGUUGUUCUCGACACCCGACCCGACUUUCCAAUGGACGCCCUCAAGCCUGUACAAGACGCAACGCAUGACAACUGAACACAACGUUCCCUACUACGUCAACGACCACCAGUUCAACAACCAUCCUUUUGUCACUGGAGAACGCAGCAGCAAGGACUUGGCUGGGUUCGAAAAGCGCGUCGAGAAUGCGUACCAGCAGAUCUUGUACACCAAAUGCGAGCGGCUGAGGGAGAACCAGGAGAGGCGGCUACAAUCGGCCAAGGGAUUCUUCGGGAUUGGUGGCGACGAAGUUGCAGCGAAAAGGAUCCUCGAGGAAGUCUACGAGAGCUGCGAGAAGCUCAGGCAAUUCGGCCACAAUAUCUGA